UGGAAUUGUUGACACGUUGACGUUUAGUAGCGGCAGCUUCUGCAAUUUCGGCAAUGAUUGGGAAGGGUAAGGAAACUUCGCCUCAUGGGGAACUGUGGGGAGCCCCUCUUGACCUGCAGGGUAAGGAGGAAGUGUCCGCGCUGUCUACUGUGAUACUUUACAAACAGCAGCUGGAGGAGAUGUAUGUGGCGCUGUGUCAAGCGCAUGGUGAUCUGCCAUAUGAUGUUCUGCUGGAGGGAGAGGAGACCUACGAUGGGUGGGAAGAGGAACUUUAUGAACAUAUCUCCUUUCGACAGUGGGAUGCGAUCGACAGAGCGCGGGCGAUUGCCAUCUUCUACGACUGCGUGGAGAUGCUGCAGCAGGUCAAAGAUAUAAUCGCUGGCCUUCUGGCGAGGAGACACGCGAGUGGUCUGCCAGAUACCGAGACAUGGACAGCAGCAGCAGCAGCAACAUCAUCGACAACAUCAUCAACAACAUUAAUUUCAUCAACAACGGCAAUAAUAGCACUGAUAUCGACCACAAUCACAUCAUCAGGGAUUAAUACGGUGGUAUUGCCAACUACGACAUCUGCGACGAUAACAUCACUAUCUAUGGCAGUGAUGCCAUUGAAUAUUCUAGGUUGUGUUCAGCAACGGGAGCUGCUUGAGCAGGCUGAUGAUGCAUGGGGGUUGGAAGAGGGGCCGCCCCCUUGUGUGGGAUUCGCGGAUCGGUUACGGUCGAAUGCGCUGAGGUGGCGCGGCUGCAAGGGCCUCGAGGAGGGGCAGGGCCCGUGCGGCGAGAACGACGACGUGGACGGCCUUUGCGAGUGUAGCUUCAUUGCUGGUGACGCAGCGUCAAAUGAUGAUGGUACUGUCGACAUAAACAUUCACGAUGAUGACAAGGACGAUACUGUGGACGGCCUUUGCGAUUGUGGCUUCACUGCUGGCGACGCAGCUUUGAAUGAUGAUGGUCCUGUCGACAUAAAUAACAACAACAAUCACAUAGCAUGCAAUAAUACAACCUGCAACAACAACAAACAUGGCGAUGAUGUGUGUAAGGAACACUCUGGGGAAAGUGGAAGGGGUAUGAACUCGAAACCGGUUGGAGGGGGGGGAGGGGGAGGAGGAGGGGGAGGAGGGGGAGGAGGAGGAGGAAAGGUGGGGCGUGGUUGUGGGAGUGGUGUUUCUUCUCCAUCUCCUCGCGGAGGAGGAGGAAGAGCUCCGAUGGCCGGGAAACCGACUGGUGCUGCAGCUGCUGCUGGUCGUGGUAGUGGUGGCCGUCAGCUACCCAGGGGGGCUGGGGCUCCUCUCAAUUGGACACCUGCAGCGGCUGCUGCCGUGGCGGCCGCUGCGGGUGCUGCUGCUGCACUGACUGCCUCUGUAGCUGGUGGUGGUGGUGGUAGUGGAAACUCAGCUGCGCAGCCGCCUGGGACAUUGAAUGACAACGACGACAACGUGAGUGCUGGGAAAACCAAGGAUCAGAAGGUCCCUGCCCCUCUCCCUCUCCCUCUUCCUCCUCCCCCCUCUGCCUCAAGUGGUGGAAGUAAUGCCGCCUCAGGACCCUAUCCCUGCCCUCCCCCCGCACCAGCAGCAGCAGCUCAACGCCGAGGACAAGGUUCUGCAGGUCUGGCAGGGAGUCGUGCUGGUCAGCGCUCAGGGGGCGGGGGGGUGGGCUCUUCUCGUGGAGGGGAUGGAAGCCAAGACAGUGGUGGUAGGGGGGGAAGGGGUAGUGCCCGUGCCGCUCCACCUCCUCCUACUCCUACUCCUCCUCCUACUCUUGCGGCGAGCGCAUCUGGACAAGAGCAACAGAAUCGCAUGCCGGAUGCAGAGUGCGGUCCCUUCUCGAUAAUUCAGCUUCAUGUCCUGAAGGCUCAGAUCCAUACAUUCGUCAGACUUCAGGAAGGAAAACCAAUCCCUGAGGAGAUGCUGAAGGCGAUAGUGCCCCCGCCCCUACAGAACAGCCACUACUACCAGCAUUACCCUCAUUUCUAUCAACAACAGCAGAAUCAACAGCAACAGCAACACCAGCAGAGGCAGCAGCAGCUGCAACAGCAGCAGCAGCAGCAGCAGCAGCAACAACAACAACAACAACAACAACAACAACAACAACAACAACAACAACAACAACAACAACAGGAAGAGCAGAGACAGGAACAGCAGCAGCAGCAGCGGCGGCAGGUGGAAGGGGCGGAGCAUUCGGCAUGUGCAGACGGCGGUUCAUGGAAUGGCAGGGAGGCAACAGCACUGUCUGUGCAGGAGGGGGAUAAAGGAUUGGGGGGAGGUGGGGAUGUGAUCGGUGGUGGGAGAGGGGGAGGAGGAGGAGGAGGAGAAGGAGGAGGAGGAGAAAGGGGAGUGCUGAUGGGUCCUGUUGGUUGUUCUGUGACUGGAGCAUCAACAGGCACGGGGACAUCAAGGGUGGGUGCGUUCGGUGCUGCUGGUGCUGCUGGUAAGGGAGGGGUGGCUAUGGCUAGGAGUGAGUGUGUGGUUGGGAGCGGACGGCCUGGUGAGCAGGGGGAGGAGAUGUCCACCUGCCCCAAUCGAGCAGUGCCUACAGGGCCUGCCACCACCAGUAGCAAGCCUCAUCAGCAAUCACAGUCUGGAGCUCCUACACCAGCGCAUGCUUUUGCUGGUACUACGCACGUGGAACACUCCAAGUUGGGCGAUCAACAUACUUUACUACCGUCGGGGGAAUCGGUUGCCGCAGCAGAAGAGGCGGGCAGUGGAAAACAACAGGGAGUUAAGCUUUCUCGCGAUGAUGAAGCUGGCACUGGGCAUCGCAGCGCGAGCACCGCUCCUUGUGCUUCUGCCAAUGUCGCAGCUGCUGGCAUCAAGCGAGAGGUAGGUACCGAUGCUACGGGCCCUGUGCACAUUGGUGUUGGGGAACGAGGUGGAGGAGGAGGAGGAGGAGGAGGAGGAGGAGGAGCAUCGUCGACAAGGAAAAAAGGUGGUGGUGGUGCUGCGGCAGCGGUGAUGGCAGAGUCUGGUGCACUGGGGUCAACGGAGAGAAUGGCGGGACAAGUGGGCAUGGGGAUGCUGGCGUCCCACUGUGGUACUUCCUCUGGCAUCAGCAUGGCGGGAGAGGGCAACAGCGGGAAGGGGACAGGGGGGGCUGGUCGAGGAAGCACUUGUGUCGUUGCGGUACAUGGCACAGCUGGGUGUAAUCAGAGCAGUACUAGCAUGUGGUCCCCACCACCCCUGAGGAGGUAUAAGGGGCCGUUAUAUGAUUUCACGCCCGUGGGUGGCAGGGGGGGUCCUGCCUGGGACCGGGAAGGGGUUGCUCACCCUCCAGCUCCCAAGCUCAUUGCCAUGGCAGAUCCUGCAAUGGAGCAGCAAAAAGGGUUUCCUAGUGUGGUGAGGGAGCCCAUCCCACUUGCCUAUGAUGUCCGUGAACUGCUGCUGGAAGAGGCAGCACAUGCGGUCGAGAGGAGGUGGCAAUGGAAUCUACGUGUAAUCGAAGAAGUGCUCCAGAGUAGCUGCUUUGACAAGUCGGCGAAUGGCAUGCCCAGUUGGAAGAAGCGGGAGUUGGCGAUGCUCCGAACGCGGCUACGAAUUCAGCAAAGCAAGCUGCGAUUGAUGGCAUUGCAGGCGCGGAUCAGGGAGGAGGUGGAGGAGGACCAACAAGAGAUUAUGGCCAUGGGGGAGAGGGCGUAUCGGAAGAGUGUGAGAUUAGGUGAGAAGCAAAAGGCAGAGAUGCUACGACAGAUGAUGGCACAGCAAAAGGCCGCAAGGGAAAAGCACAUGAAGGCGUUGUUCUCGUGGAGGAAGCGGUUGAUGGAAACACAAUGGUCAUCAGUUCGAGACCUGCGGCUGGCAAGGAAUCGGCUGGUGCUAAAGUAUCAUGAGAAGAUGAUGCGCGAGUUCCAAAAGAGGAAAGAUGAAGAUCGGAACAGAAGGCUGGAUGCAUUGAAGGCCAAUGACAUGGACACGUACAGAGAGCUGCUGCGUCAGCAGCAGGCGGUGAUGCCGGAGGACGCGAGUGAGAAGUUUGAAGUGUUGUCGGCGUUUCUGACGGAGACAGAGGAGUAUCUUCACAAGCUGGGUGACAAGAUAUUCGCGGUGAAAGUGAAGCAGGAGAGGGAGGAAAUGUUGAUGACAGGGACUGGUGGGGGCGGAGAAGAAAAUGGAUUGGUGACGAGCGAUGGGAGCGGGGCAGUGGAGGGGCUUUCGGCCGCUGCAGCGGCAGCGAUGGUGGGCUCGUCGGGAGGGGGUGCGAAGAAAUACUAUACUCUUGCACAUACUGUCAAUGAACGCGUCGUGACGCAGCCGAUGCUGCUAAAGGGCGGCAAAUUGCGCGAGUACCAGAUGGUGGGCGUGCAAUGGCUUCUGUCGCUGUAUAACAACCGUCUGAACGGGAUUCUGGCGGACGAAAUGGGUCUUGGGAAGACGGUGCAGGUUAUGGCUCUGAUAGCCCACCUGAUGGAGCACAAAGCAAAUUACGGUCCACAUUUGAUCAUCGUGCCGAACGCAGUGGUAGUCAACUGGAAGAGUGAGCUGAACCACUGGUUGCCAUCGGUGAACUGCAUUAUUUACACAGGGGGGAAGGAGGAGAGAGCGAGGCUUUUUAUGCAGGAAGUCCUGUCGGUGCGGUUCAACGUGUUGGUGACGACGUUUGAAUUUGUAAUGCGAGACAGAGCGAGGCUGUCGAAGAUUGAGUGGAGGUACAUGAUCAUAGACGAAGCGCAGAGGAUGAAAGAUCGGGAGUCGAGGUUGUCGCGGGAUUUGGAUAGGUUCCGCUGCCAUCGAAGGCUGCUGCUGACGGGGACACCGCUACAGAAUGACCUGGGGGAGCUGUGGUCGCUGCUUAACCUGCUGUUGCCACAGGUGUUCGACAACAGCAAGUGGUUUCACGAGUGGUUCGCCAAGUGCUUUGAAGAUAGAGAGUCGGUGGGGGGGGGAGGAGGAAGUGGGAGAGAGAAAGGAAGAGAUAGGGAGGCAGGGGGGGGAAAUCAGCAGUACGAUUCAUGGUUGGAGACGGAAAAGAAGGUGAUUGUGAUCCACAGGCUUCAUCAGAUCUUGGAGCCAUUCAUGCUUCGCCGCCGAGUCGAGGAGGUGGAGGGAAACCUUCCACCAAAGGUAUCUUAUGUGCUGAAGUGCAGAAUGUCUGCCUAUCAGGCAGCUAUAUACGACUGGGUGAAGGCGACCGGAACGCUUCGGCUCGACCCCGAGUUGGAGAUUCAGCGGACAGCAGGCUCGAAGAGGCCAGUUCGAACUUACGCACCUCUGCAGAACAAGUGCAUGGAACUCCGCAAAGUGUGUAAUCAUCCAUACUUAUCUUAUCCUGAACAAAACUUGGGCUUCGAGGAGUAUGUUGUUCGGGCAUGUGGCAAGCUGUGGAUGCUAGAUCGAGUGCUACGGAAACUGCACCGCUCCGGACAUAGGGUCCUACUUUUCAGCACCAUGACAAAGCUGUUGGACAUCCUGGAGGAGUACCUAGCCUGGAGAGGGUACGUGUACCGGCGAAUUGAUGGCACAACGCCAUUGGAGGACCGCGAACAGGCGAUUGUGUACUUUAAUAAGCCGGGAUCGGAUUGCUUUAUAUUCUUGUUGAGCAUCCGUGCGGCUGGGAGAGGCCUUAACCUGCAAACGGCGGACACAGUCGUUGUGUACGACCCCGACCCGAAUCCGAAGAACGAGGAGCAGGCAGUGGCACGCGCACAUAGAAUAGGCCAGAAGAAGGAGGUGAGGGUGCUGUAUUUGGAGGCGGUUGUGGACUCUGUUUCAUCCUUUGUUGGUGAGGAUGAAGCACGUAGGAGCUCGAGAGGACGGCGUGAGGAGUCAAGCUCAGAGGACUCGACGGAGAGCUCCGAGUCGCAGCAAGAGGUAGACGAUGGGGAUGAUGAUGACGAUGAGGAUGACUUUGAGGAGGAAGAGAGCUUGAUUGGUAGAGGGGGAAGUUUGCGGAAAAGGAAGUCAAAGAUGACGGUGAAGAAGAAGAAAAGAAAGACGAAGAGGAGAAAGCGGAAGACGAAGGGCAAGUUUGUUGGCUCCAUUGAAAGUUUGGUGAGGAACACCAUUCAGCAACACAAGAUAGACAUGGCAGACGAAGUUAUCAAUGCGGGCCGUUUCGACCAGCGCACCACGCACGAGGAGAGGAGAAUGACACUUGAGGCCUUGCUGCACGACGAGGAGCGAUGGCAGGCAGUGGCACAUGAUGUUCCCACACUGGAGGAGGUUAACAAAAUGAUUGCAAGGUCCGAGGAGGAGGUAGCGCUCUUCGCGCAAAUGGACCGUGAAAUGACAUGGCCAGGGAAACUGCUGGGGAGGAAGGAAAUCCCGGCAUGGCUAAGAGCCACCACCAUGGAUGCUGAGGCUGCCAUUGCAGAGAUAGCACGCCAGAGUGGAAAGAGGUCUAGCUUGUUCCCCACUGAAGUAGGCUUUGGGACACGUGGCGGUAGACAGGCAGGUGUUCCUCCAUUGCCAGCAAGGCGUGGUGGCCGUGGGAGAGCCGCAGAAAGAACUGCUGCUGGUGGUGGUCCUGAUGGGGGAGACGACUACCGUGCCAGUGAACGGAGAGCAGCUGACAAUGCAGUGCUAGAUGUGGAGACCGAUGCGCGGGAACGACGUCGCAGUCUCAGAUCAUCAAGGUCAGAAGGAAGAGAAGUGACUCCGCAGUCCCUUACUAAUGGGAAAGGGGGAAGAGAGAGAACCAUGUACUUGGACGAGGAAGAAGACGAGGAUGAACAGGAGGAAGAGGAACCAGUGGUGGAAGAGGUGGAAGAGGAGGAAGAGGAGGAGGAAGAAGAGGAGCGCGAGGAAGAAGUGAAAGAGGAACAGGAUGAAGUGGAAGAGGAGGAGGAAGAGGAGGAGGAGGAAGUGGAGGAGGAGGAGGAGGAGGAGGAGGAGGAGGAGGAGGAGGAGCAAGAGGAGAAGAGGGUGGCGGUUGAAAGGAAUCGUCCUCCGACAGAAUGGAGAAGUGCACGGAGAAGGGGCCAUGAGGCACCAAAGGUUGCGGAUGCUAAAGAGGGGGAGGUCUUGAAAUUAAGAGAGAAGAUGGUGGAAAGGCGGGUUGAAUGGAGGCCUGGCAGAGAACUGGAGGCAGACAUGCAGGGGUGGGAGAAUAGUGAUGACAAUGAAGGGGAACGUGAUGCAGAUGAAGAAGAAGAGGAAGAGGAAGAAGACGAUGAAGGACAAGAAGAAGGAGAAGAAGAAGAGGAAGAAGAAGAAGAGGAGGAGGAAGAAGAAGUAGAAGAAGAAGAAGAAGAGGAAGAAACAGUUAUAGAGGAAGAAGAUAUAGUAGUGGAAGGAGGAGGAGAAGAACAAGAUGAUGGAGUAGCUGUAGUAGAAGACACAGUGGCAAUAGAGGGAGAAGAUGAAGACAGAGAAAUUGAAGAAGAAGAAGAAGAGGAGGAGGAGGAGGAGGUGGGGGAGGGGGAGGAAGAAGAGGAGGAAGAAGAAGAAGACGAAGCAGGAGAUGCGAAGGAAGAAGUGGAAGUAGAUGCAGAGGUAGAAACAGAGGAAGCUGGAGAGGAGAGAGAGGUCGAGGAGGCGGGGGAAGAACAAGAAGAGGAGGAGGAAGAGCAAGGACAGGGAGAAGAGAAUGACGUGGCUAAAGCAUCCAGAAAGAACCUGCAGCACAUGGAGAGUGUGAGUCAGGAGAAGUUCGACAUGGAUGGAUGUUAUAAUUUUAUGGAACGAAAGGCAGCUGUGAAACAAGAAGAGGAAAGGAGAACAAAGAGAGAGGUGAAUGGUUUAAGAAGCAGUGAGCGCGGUGAAGUAGAGGAUCAUAAGGUAAUCGAGGAUGAGAGGGAUGAAGUGUGCGCUCGAGCGCCGGAUAUGGAGGAUGCUCGAGAGGCCGUGGAAGAGGAUGAAGGGGAGGAAGAGGAAGAGGAAGAGGAAGAGGAAGAGGAAGAGGAGGUUAACGAAGAGGAAGAUAGGAAUAGGAGAACACCCUCUAAAGCCAGUGAACAGGAGCACAGCGAGGGCAGGAGAAUAUCUAUUGCCGAAAUAAGAGAGAACAGUGAAAGAAGAUGGGGGCCAAAGGCUGUGGAGGUCACCCGAGUGUAUGCAGAAAGUAGGGAUUCGAGUGAUGAAGAGGAGGAGGAAGAGGAGGAAGAGGAGGAAGAGGAGGAAGAGGAGCAUGAGAAGGAGGCAAUUGGCAAUAGAGCACUGGGGGAUGCAGGGGCUGCAAAACAGCAGCAGCAGGCAGUUAGCUUGGUCAACUAUGACGACAUGAACAAGGGAGGUUUGAAUGCCGAAGGAGGUGGUGGGGAGGAAGACUCGUCUGCUGCCAGGGUUACCUUGCAAGGGAGAAGUGACAAAAGCACUGAGCGCGGGGGAAGCGGGGUGAUGGGCGAGACAGGUAUGAAGAAGGGGGAAUACGGGCAAAGGUGGGAGGAGGGAGGGAAGAUGUCCGCAGAGGGGAAGAGAAUGGAAAGAGCAGACAGGUCGGAGAAGCCAGACUUGCGCAUAAGUAGGCAUGGACGAGAGGGCAUGACAGCCACCCAGGAGACGAAGAUGUGUGCCGAUGCGGAGGAAGGAGAAUUGAAGAGUGAGAAAGAGGAAGGUGAGAUGAAUGGGAACAUGGAAGAAGGGGAACUAGAGCCUGACAAAGAACGCCGGGAAUGGCAGCGCCGGGAUGUGGGAGAUGAGGAUGGAACAAGGGGGGUUUAUCGGCGCCACGAUCGGGAGCAGGGGGUUGAUGUUAGGCAAGAUGGGGGUUGGAAAGGGCACCACGAGCCAGAUGAAAAGGAUGGGCGAAUGCUGACUGCAGAAGAGCUGGAGGAGGGAGAGAUUGCAAGGGAAAGUGAGGAAUCGAUGAUGGGUCAGGAUCAUCCUCGGAGGCGUCGACGAGGUAGUGGUGGCGGUGGAGAGUGGGGCCGUAGUGGAAGGCAUGGCAUGGGGGUUGCAAUGGGGUUGGGAGUGCCACCGAAUUUUGAUCCCGAUAGCCACAAGGGAGGGAAGAGGGUUGGUAAGCAACAUGUAUCCAGCUCCAGGAGAGAGCAAGGCGCGAUUGUGCGGGGCCUGGGAGACGAGGGCAAUCGCCGGCAACCACCUCCCAUAUUCCCGCCCGGCAUGGGGAAAGGGAUGUCGACAUCCAUACCCUCACCACAUGUCUUGGGCGUAGAAGGCGGCCCUCGGGGUGUGUACAACUCCGGUCAGCCAUUUGACCUGGCGAUGGAGGAUUUGGGGUUCGGUGUGCGGCUAGGUCCUCAGCAUGGGGGACUGCCUACGCCGGGCCGCAUGCCAAGCGGGCCUGGUGGGCGUGGCCCUCCUAUGCCGAUGCAUGGUGGUGUGCCGCCGGGCGGGAGCCCGGUCGGCAGAGGGGGAGGUAUGAUGGAGUGGGGUGGAGGUGCGCGUGGUAGGGGUCGAGGAGCAGGUGGGGGACAUGUUGUUAGUGAAGGGGAUUGGAGGCAGGGACCCCCUUUUCCACCAGAGUAUGGCAUGGGAAGAAAACACGAAGGGAGGCUAGGACCACCCACACGAGGUGGAGGUAUGGGGGACAUGGAGGACAUGCCUCCAGGCUUUGAUAGGAGGGAUAUGCCUCCUGAUAUGAACAGUGACAUGCGGGGCUUGGGUCCCAUGCACAUGGGUGGGCCAGGCGCAGGCCCAGGUGCAGGACCAGGACCGGGGCCAGGGUUGGGUCCGGCGAUGGGGCCAGGUAUAGGACCAGGCCCGGGAAAUUCCCUUUGGCCCAUGAACGAGGCAGCACAUGCCAAGUGUCAGGGAAUUCUUGGUCGGGUGCACGGUAUGGUCGCCAGGCUGAACCGCCAGAUUGCUUCACUUUGGCGGAGUGCUCAUCAGAGAGGAGGGGGAGGAGGAGGAGCCGGACCAGCAGGAGGAAACUACGGUGGGGGACCCCCUAUGGGAGGGGGUCCGCCGGAUCGCCAUCCGGCAUUCCCAGGACAGCCGAAUUGCCCGCCUGGAGGCCAGCAGCUUGACAUGCAUCUGAUCGAGAAACGGCUUCACCGGUGCGAGUACUUGAGCAUCGAAGACUUCACGGUCGACGUUUGCCGUCUCUUGGACAGCUUUGUCCUGGCAUGCCCUCAAGGGUCCGAGGCACAGGAGAGCGCAAGGCAGUUGAAGGUGCUCUUCAUCCAGCGCAUGGAGAUGGAGUUCCCCGGGCUCGAUCGGUUUCCGGGCCUGAGGGCAGGAAGGGGUAUGCCUGUCGGAAUGGAUAUGAGGAGACCCAUGCCUCCUAUGCCCAUUCCUGGAGAACCUCCCUAUCCUGGCGCUGGCCCUCCCAUGAUGCCUGGCGGACGAGGGGCGAUGGGGGGAUAUCCUCUACCCCCUCCAGGCCAUCAUCGCGAGAGGGAACAUCAGCAUGGUCCUGCACCUCUGGGAAUGGGUGAUUGCGGUCGGGGCCCAGUGAUGCACGGGGGGGGAAGAGGUAUGGGCUCUCCAGGAAUUUGUAUGCCACCUCCACCCAUUGGGUGUGAAAGGGGUCACCAUCCUUGGGGUCGCGGGCCCGGGGGGGGGAUGGAUUUUGGCCUGGACAGUCCCAAGGGUGCGGGGGGGAACCAACAAAGAAGGGAGGAGAGACGGGCGCAUGCAGGUGAACCUCGAGGGUAUAAGAAGAAGAAGAAGAAGAGACGCGGAGACAGGGGGAUGGGAAUGGGGAUGGGGAUGAACCCCAACUUCAUGCCGGUUAUGGGUUGGGGUCUGGGAGGGAGGGGGGACAGAGAAGGUCAUGCAACCCCAGGGGGGGGUAAUGGUCCAGAAGGGGGAUUUGACUUUGGAGGAAACAUGGGAGCAAGAAUGGACUCAGGGAGGCCGAGCGGGGUCGGGGGUCCUGGUAGUGUGGGGACCCCCGGUGGUGGCAGUGGGGGGGGUGGCUGGGGGUCCGGCGGAGAAGGCUUUGGGAGCCGGGGGGUCUCCGUAGAGAGAAGUGGUCCUGCAUGUGGACCGCCCGGGGAUCGGGGCAGAGGAAAUGCAGAACUAGGGAGUAAUCCCCCUGGUUCACCAUAUCGGGAAAGUUUUGGGCAUCGCGGUGAUAUGGACGGGGAAGGAGGUCCACCGCGGAAGAGACCGCGGACAUAAGGACACAUGGAGCCGAUCCAAGUCGUGCUUUUGUACCACGAAAAUGAGCAGUUCAAUUCCUGCUGAUUGCUGAACGCGACACUGCUUGCCCACCUCAGAGUCUCCCAGUCAAGCAAAGGGUUGCUUCGCCAGAUAUGCAGCACGGAGGGACGGAGAGAACCAUCUGCUCAACAGAGGAGACCCAAGAGCUAAUCCAGACCUCUACCGUCUUCACAGUAUAUAACGCCAGGUCAUUAUCGCUGCAUCUGGACUGAAAAGUGCCCCAAAUACAGCUAUAAUGACCAGACGUUCUAUUUGGGUGAAGACGGUAGGAUGGAGCUGGUCCAGACCCUAGGAUGGGUGGGAAAUAAAGGGCUUGCUUUGCUUCUUCAGAUCAGUAUACCAGUCUCUCAGAUGACGGCAAUUGCGAAAAAGCUGUUCCAUCGAGUCCCAAGUCCCGACCGUGGGAAUAACAAAACACAGUACAAGAA